CGAAUGUGGUUUAACGAAUGUAUUUUGGGAACCUAUUUCGUAAUCAAAUUUGGGUUAACAAGCCUGUGUUUUGUGAUGUUGAGUUGAUUUGCAUACUACAAAUGCUAAUUUACAACCAACUGUAAAUAUCUAAGAGCCUUGAAGAACAGGGCAGACGAACUCACACAAGUUGUAUGAUUAUUUCAACCUUGUCGCAUAAAUACCAAAGAUAUAAUUAUUUCAAGCUGCAUUUACUGUGUUUUGUUCAUGUGUUUGUUUAUUUCCUUUACAAUUAUUGUGGCCUGAAUUCAGGUACAAAGUGUUCGCCCCCCCGAUUAAGUGGCACAAUGUUGAUCUUGCACACAUGUGCCUUCCUUGCAGACAAAAACAAUGGAGCCCUGAGCAAAAUAAUCCCCAGACUGUGUACACCGCCACCACCCGCAGGUUUUUAUUUUAUAACUUUGCAUUUGAACAUCGGAAAUACAUGUGACAAAAAGAUACUGUGCUUAAUAAUCUGUGCAAAUAAUAAAGGACCAUUUUCUAUCCGUCUUAAGUGGAAUUUAUUUGAAAAGUAAAGCCUUAGUAAAACAUUUCGGGACUAGUGUUGACCUUCAUGCAGACAGAGGUUCUAGCAGUAAUGUACCCACAUUUUACAGUUUUCCUUAUUUUAAUGCUGACAUCUUGCAGGAAAUCUAAAUGGCCGUUGUCCUUAUAUCGAAUGGUUUGGUGCAACAGGAAACAAUCCUAUCAAAAAAAACAAACAACCCCAACAACUUCAAACCCUGAAUUAAUGAAAACUGAACAGAGCAAAGAGUAUAUUUACAGUUUGUCAUCUUUAUUCUUUUGUCUUCCUUUCUUAUUUAAAUUCAAAGAUAUUCGAGACAUUAAAAUACAUGCAAAUACAGUUAGUGUGGGCUAUGUCGUUGGUGAACGGUUGAUAUGAAUAAAAAAACACUAAAUUCAGUGGAGAUGGUUACAGUCUUUCAAAUAGUCUGCAGUUGUCGCCUAUGCGCCACGUUUUACACACACACACACACACACACACGCCCUCUCUUCAGUCUGUCUCUCACACAAAGAAACACAUAUCCUCUGAAGCAUUUCACACAUUGAAAACACUUCGUAGAGCUUAGUUGUUGAACAGGUCAGCUCCAAAUUAAGGCGGACUAUUUUCUGAUGUCAUUCAAAUCGUCUUUUUUAAAAAAAUUUUUUUAAAAAACGUGAUUGUUUCAGUUUUGUUGAACAGCCUCUCGCGAUGCCCCCUCUGUUUGCCUGCGCGAGUCUGUAAACCAAUUUCAAGUCCGUGUUGUAGGUGUCGCUGUUGACCACGUCUGCAUCCUGCAGAACGAGUGUGUGUGUGCAGGGAGAGAGGAGGCUGCGUCUCAAGGCCAUUUUCAAAUCUCAUUGGUGGGCUUGUCAUGUGGUCGGGAGGCAUCCUGACUUACACGGAGAUUGUUUUUCCUAGAUAUGUCAGCUUACAAAGGACAUCUCUCUCCUCUAAAGAUCUUAACCCCCCAAAAUGUCCUUUCCCAGUAGCUCUCCUGCGGCAAACACAUUUUUAGUGGACUCUUUAAUUGGUGCUUGCAGGACGGACAGCUUUUACUCCAGCAGCAACAUGUACAUGCCGUCUGGCUCAGAAAUGGGAACUUACGGAAUGCAAACCUGUGGACUCCUGCCGUCUUUCGGCAAAAGAGGGGAGGUCAACCACCAAAAUAUGGGCAUGAAUGUCCACUCGUACAUACCUCAAAUAGAUAACUGGACUGAUCCGAAUAGACCCUGCAGAAUAGAAUCGUCCAGUCAGAUGUCAAACUGUACAUUUUCACAGAGCAUAAAGGAAGAGAGUAACUGCUGCAUGUACUCCGAUAAGAGAGUAAAAGUCACCUCGUCAGACGUCCCCGUAUAUUCUAACGUUAUUCCUGAGUCUUGUCCAGUCGAUGGUCCCGAGAUCCCGGUUCCGGGCUAUUUCAGAUUGAGCCAAACUUAUGCGAACGGGAAACAUCAGGAAAACUACUGCCAUGAGCCGCCGAGUCCAAACCCAACACUGAUGCAACUCAGCCGGGUCACCCCGAAACCGCAGUCCUCCUCGGCGUCUUCUAAUUUCGCAGAGGUGGAAAAGAAAAGCGAGGACGUCCCGCAAAUCCCUGAGACCUCAAGGACACCGGUCCCCGCAGAAAGCCCGGAUCCCAAGUCCAGCUCGGGGGAGAAGAACUGCUCCAUGGAAGUUUCUGUGUCCAGUCCUGAGCUGCUACAGAAGGAAGGAAAAGACUGCAAGAGUGACACGCCGACAAGCAACUGGUUAACUGCGAAGAGUGGGAGAAAGAAAAGAUGUCCCUACACAAAGCACCAGACCUUGGAGUUGGAGAAGGAGUUUCUGUUCAAUAUGUAUCUGACCCGAGAGCGCCGCCUAGAGAUCAGCAGGAGCGUCAACCUGACCGACAGGCAGGUCAAGAUCUGGUUUCAGAACCGCAGGAUGAAACUGAAGAAAAUGAGCAGGGAAAACCGCAUCCGUGAACUGACCUCAAAUCUCACCUUUUCGUGAGCUUGCAUGUUAUCUGUGGUUAGAGCUGUCUUUUUACCAUCUGUCCUAUUCAGUUUGAUGCUUUAGUGGCAUUAGACGUUUAUCUUCAAUUUCAACGAAACUGUGACUAUAUAUAUGCCAAUUUUAGUACUUUGCGUGGCGUCAUGUACUUGUUUUAUUUUAUCACAGGGUAACACUUUUUGGUCUUAAAUUAUUGGAGGAGCAGAUGUCUUCCCUCCGCCAGUAGACAUGGAUAUUCUGCUGUGUCGCGAUGGCGAGCUGUUUGGAAAGAGUUACUCUGUUUCAGUCAUGAAAGCACAUUUAACUGUCGUGUAGUGCAACAUUUGUUUUACAGUAAGUGCGAGCCAUUUGCUCAUUAGUGAGAUGUUUCUAUGGGCGGAAAACAAUGUUAAUCUGUGAAUUUAUUGCAUGUUUGUGGCAUGUAUCUUGCAAUAAAUUGUCAAAUAAAA